UCCACGCAUGUAGGCUAUUAAACCAAUUCACUGCUCCUCGCCUCCUGCAAUGGAUAUGAGCGCCGCCGCGGCACACUAUGACGACCUGAGACGACAGCCCGCCAUCAGCAAACAAGUUGGACCACAAGCGACACAGUAUCACCGAUGCCGAUACGAUGCUGGUGUAUUUUGAGCACUAGUAGUUACGAUUUGUUUUUUUUGCUCACACAAUAAGCCUUGAUAAGCUCCUGGAGAGCGACUUAAAGGCCUGGACGAGCGUCUGUUGGCGACGACUUUCUUCGGACUGGUUUGUGAAGCCGCGAAUAUGCAAACACACGCUGAUGUGCUGCUUGUCACCGCAAAUGUCGGGUCACUCUUUGACAAUGUGGGUGAAAUUCAGAAUGAAUGGUUACAAGAAUUGUAUAAGACUAUCCGCAGCUACAAGCCGCAGUUCAUCGCCCUGCACCUACAGGAGGUGGGAGGGAAGGACUACAUGGUCAACAUGGGCCACGCAGAAAAAUUCUUCGGGAGCAUUGAGUCCAGUGAGGAAAUGAAAGACUUUGACCGGGUCUGCAUCUAUGUGGACAACCAGUUCCAAGCAGAAGACAGCUUCACGGCUUUGGGGAGCAUAUACUUCAUCCACAAGACACUGAAAAACAUCUGCCAGUAUGAUUUCAAUGUUAAGGAUUUUAAAGCAGUGUCCGGGAAGAACAAGUACGUGGGCUCUCUGAACGGGGUCACCACUGUGGAAAAAGAAAAAUUCCCAAAGAAUUUCUGGCCCGAUUUCAAGUGGUCCAGAAAGGGCUUUAUGAGGACUCGCUGGAUCAUACACAACCAAGGACUGGACCUGGUCAAUGUCCACCUGUUCCAUGAUGCCUCCAACCUCAUUGCCUGCAACUCCAGUCCUUCCAUUUACUCAGCUAACCGCAAAAACGCUCUCAGAUAUGUCAUCAACAGGAUAUCAGACAGUCGCUACACUCCUCUGCCUUUCUUCCUGUUUGGAGAUUUCAACUUCCGUUUGGACACACUAAGUCUGGUCCAGCAUCUGUCCACCUCGGCAGAUGUGCAGACAGUGAAGAAGGACAGCAGUAACGAAGUGGAGAAAAUCAUCUGCGAGGAAAAAGACAAUGACCACCAGGUGCUUCUGCAAAUUGAGGAGAAGAUCUUUGUCUAUGUGCACCAGGCGGUUUUUAGGGAGGACAACGGAAAAGCACUUUUGAAAUAUGAUAAGGAAGUCACAGCCUUUCAUGAUGUUAUUAGAGAAGAGGAAAUCAAGUUUCCACCCAGCUACCCCUACAGUGAAGAGUACACUAAACCAACCCAGUACAUGAACACUCGCUGUCCUGCCUGGUGUGAUCGUAUUCUUAUGUCACACACCACCCAAGAAUACAUCCACAAUAGCGAUGAUGAUGAGAAGAGCAUUGUUUACAACACAGUGGGUCCAAAUGUCUGUAUGGGAGAUCAUAAGCCGGUUUUCUUGUUCUUCGCACUGAAGACAAACGACCAUUGACUUGGAUCCGUCUCAAUGGUCUAACAGCACCAUCCUCAGAGCUCUGCAACAGUAUCAGUACCAGCAUGAUGGUUACCUCCCACAACCCACCCGUCAGUAAGCCGCUGGGCUCGACUCAGCUCGUCCCCGUUAGGAACGCACCGUCCUCACAUCAUCUGCAGCUCAGGUGACUCCAGCACAGAUUCAUCAGCAGCUGUCAUUUACAGAUUCUUCUCACUCGUCGAUCCUAAAGUCCCCUGACCUGAAAGCUCCAAAUUUUCCUGCCUGCAGCCGUGGAGAUUGUUUUUUGAAUGGGACAAAAAUGAAGAUGAAAAGACUCCAGUGUGAGUCCUUUACACGGAAGCGUGCAAGCAUAUGCAAAACAUGGUUACAUUUUGAUUUUUUAAAAGUAUCAGACUAAC